GGAAAUUGGAAUCGCAUCUAUUGAAUCGCUGUUUUGUCCUUGGAAAGAAGCUAUACGAUCAGUUUGAAAGAAGAGUAAUUGAAAUCACAUCGCAUUCACGCUGGGGCCUGUCUGCAACAGAGCCUCCGACGACGUCACACCCCACACCGAUAUAACCACGAGCGAUAGGUCGGCCCGGCGGGGUCUAAUUGACGACGAGGGACAGAUUCCUUUGAGCGACGUCCCUACAUCCACGACGACAAUACCGAUAUCCUCUAGCCUCACCUACGGCAUUAUAUAACAAUUCGAUCAUACGCAAGAGUGCCCGCAUCAUGGAAGAACAAAGCCUGACGCCCGAACGGCAAAACGGCCAGUCAGGCUCGUGGCAUCCACCGACUCCCAUCACCCCAUCUGCUGAAUCAACACAUCCGAGCACAUUACCAGCGAGGCCGAGUACGCCUAUAUCUAGAUCGAUAGGCGACGCGUUUCAGCACAACUUCCUCGAGGAUACAAGUCCGUCGGCAUUCCCUGAGUCGGAGCCGACUGCAUUUCUUUCUCCGCCAUCUCCACAACCAGGCCUCGAGGAACAGAACGGCGCCCCUGAGAACACGGAAGAAACUUCAGCAGAGAUCCCCAGGGGAUUAGAUUUUCGCGCGUUAGACUAUGUUAAGGCAGUCGACGAGAACCUGGUUUGCCCAGUUUGCCGGAACCCAUUCGUCGAUCCUGUCACCACAAGCUGUGAUCAUGUAUUCUGCAAGGACUGCUUCGACCAAGCAUAUCGAAUCGCGCCUAUAUGUCCUAUAGACAGGACACGAUUACGGCCACCGAACCAUGUUGGGUCGACGGCAAGAAUAAUUACAAACCAGCUUGAUGCACUGGAAGUCAGAUGCCCCAACUCUACAGAAGGGUGCGAGAAGACCCUGGCGCGGUCAAUGGUGCAGAACCACGUGGAUAGGUACUGUGGCUACAGCCUAGUCGACUGUCCGGAGAGUACAUGCGAGCGCAAAGCCCCUCGAAAGGAUGUACACAGAGGAUGCUUACAUUGGUAUGCGAUAUGUCCGGACUGCUCGGAGAGCUGUUUCGCGGUUGAUAUGGAGCACCACAGGGCACGAGUCUGCUCGGAACGUGUGGCAAAUUGCGACAAGUGUGGCCUGGAGGUGCUUCGACUGAAUGCUGACCUCCACGACCUAGAUUGCGAGGAGGCCAUCGCACCGUGUAGAUGGGCUAUAUAUGGCUGUGAGCAUCAGUCGAAGAGGAAGGAUUUGGGCAAUCACGCGCCGGAAUGUGCUUUCAAAACUAUGGGCCCGGUGGUGGAAUUAUUAAAGGAAGAGAUAACUUCGCUGAGAGGCGAAGUACAGACUCUUACGGAGAAGGACAAGACGAAAGACCGCCGCAUUCGGUUCCUCGAAAGUUACAAGAACGCACCGUCAUACGGCGACCCUCUUAUCGAUAUCCCCAACAUGUCAGAAAACCCUCAAUCAUUAAUAGACCCCGCACCAUACGACUCCCGGGACCAAUAUCUCCUAUCACUACUGGAAAACCAGGAAAGCAAGGUCGACCAGCUCUCCGUCGGGAUGACCGAGCUCGAAGCGAAGCAAACCGUAAUGCUCUUCAACGAAACAAUACCCAUCAAAGAACAACUCGCCGAGCUGAGAAGCGCUCAGGGGGUCAUCGGGUGCCAUGUCAGAUGGCUCAUGAACCUGCGCCUGCAGGAGCGACGCCCAGGAGCCACAGCAGCGCUUAACAGCGGAGCCAAAGCCGAGUCGAGCUCGGGGUCAGGGUCUGCCGGCCCUUUUCCGCAGCAACCAAGGAGGUUGAGUGACCCGAGGGAGAAUAUCACGAAGCUGUAGGUCGGCGGUUCUCUACUUCAAGAAGCCUCCAUUGGGUUUCAAGGGUGGCUGCUUCCAUACCCCGGACGGCUUUCUCGCAGCUUCAUUAUUAGGAGUGGAUAUACUACAUAGUAGUGAGAGGGCUGCUGCAUGAAUUUAUCUCCGAUAACAGGACAUGUCGUCAGACGAACAGAUGUCUCGCCAUACUACCACCCUUGCCUGACUGUUGAAACUCGGGAAACGGCUGACUUGUUGAUGACGCCCCUAGUCUGGUUUCAGGUUGAGCAAACGGGAAUCUCACGUCACGCACGAUGAAAAAAUCGGACGCACGUACCAGGUAGUACAAGAUAGGUCGUACGAAAAACGCAAAAGAUGGGUCUUUGAAUUGAUAAGGCUAUGUCGCCGGCGUCGGCAAUAAUAUAUGCCUCUGCAUCAUAUACAGUAGUAAUAAAAAAAAUCAUCAGUCA